AAAUAUAUGUGGUCUCCCCUCUCUUUCCAUUCCAAACUCAACAAGAAUUAAAAACCGAAUUCCUCUUGUACCAGAAAAACACUAGCUAGAGCUCGAUUAUCACAUGAGAAAUGUUGAAUCCAUUUAUUUGUGGCAGUUUUCAUAAUCAACAAGAAGACGAAUAUGAUAGCCCUUGUUCAACUCCAAGAAGAUCAAGAAAGAGCAGCAAAGAUAGCAAGAACCCGUAUUCAACCCUCGGCCUCGAUAAAUUUUCUGCACUUCUAGCUGAUCUUGAAAAGAAAAGGCAAAAGAUUUAUUCUCAGGUCGAUCCUCAAGAUAUUUCGAUUGUUCGCUUCGCGUUUUCCAGCUCCAACGAUUGUGUUCCGAUUGUAGUUAAGUUAAAAGAUCCGAACAGGCACAGUUCUGAUAAAGAUGAAAGAAAAGAUGAUCCAAAGACAACGCAUGUAUUGGAUAAAUCAAGAACGACAGAAAACCAAGAAACAAAGCAACCAAGAUUAGAAAUAGAAAAGAAUAAGACGACGGAGAAGAAGAGGAUGCUGACAUGGAACUUCAAGUUAAACAAAUGGAGAAGACCUUAUUAUUAUAUGCCAGUGUUUAUAAUCUUGAUUUUGUUGUUCUUGGCUUUCUUUGGAAGAUCAGUAGCAAUAUUAUGCACCUCUGUUGGAUGGUAUUUAGUUCCUACAUUGAGUUCUUCAUCAAGAAGAACAGCAACCAAGAAUAAUAAUAAAAAUAACAACAAGAAGCAACUCCUGAGAAGAUUUAGUGAGAUUUCUCCAAGAAGCCAGAUGAACAAUUCUGUUGUUGGGGAUGUGAAGGAUAAAUCGAAUCAUGGGCGUCAAAAUAGCUUUUGAAGAUUGAAUUCAUUUUGUUUAUCUUCUUCAUCAAGUAUACUUCUUUGUUCCUUUUCCCUUUUGGGUAUUAGGAUUCUUUUUGCUGCUUUCUUGUUAAUAGAUGUAAAAAUUUUCUCUUGCUCUACACUAACAUGUCCAUAUGGGGUUGAAAAUUCAAUCUCUUUGACGUGUUUUGUAUUUUUUAGUAUUAAUCUCUCUGAAAAGUUGAUAAAUGUAAAUUAUGGUUGCAUUAGAUAUAAAUUAAGAGUGUCCAUCUCAUGUUUAUAAUUAAUUAAUUGUACUUG